UUUUGCAAAUUUCGUAACGCUACGGCUGUCCAAAAAUAUUUGGCUGCCUGGUCUCGGUAUGGCGUCUUGCUAAAAAUCAACGCCACACGCGAAAAUGAGUGGUGUGAACCAAAUGACUUUGUUCCAGACGUGGGGAGCAUCUGUUCCGCAAAAGGUUAGUCAAACGAAUAAUGUAAAGAAGUCUUCCGGACGACGAAAAGCAACGCAAAACAGCAGGGGCAGCACAGCAGCCUCAGUCAAGACUCAGAAAAGGGCGACUGGUAUAACUUUGCCGCCCCCGGCGCCCCGUAACACGCUAUGGGGUGAAUUUGAUCAGGGGUCCACAGCUGACAGCGAGGUGGGAGAUUUCGAGGAGGUUGUUGCUGCUGCUGAUGAAGAUGAUGAUGAUUUAAUGGUAGUUGCUGUUUAUGAGGCGGAAAAGUCUUUGCAAAUUGAUGGAAACCUUGGACAACAUAGUGAACACACAACAAAUGUUGAGAGCACUUGUCUCACACAGAUAAGCUCAAGUGGAUCAACAUAUUACAAAGACUUCCCUGGCCUUGACAGCUCCUCUGCAAAGGUAUGGAUCUACCCCACCAACUAUCCCUUAAGGGACUACCAACUAAAGAUAUCGGAGGCAGCUUUAUUUCAGAAUACACUGGUAUGCCUCCCCACUGGCCUGGGCAAGACUUUCAUUGCUGCUGUGGUAAUGUACAACUUUUAUCGAUGGUAUCCAUCUGGAAAGAUAGUUUUCAUGGCACCAACAAAACCCCUGGUGGCACAACAAAUAGAAGCGUGCUACAAAGUGAUGGGUAUUCCACAGACACACAUGGCAGAGUUGACAGGGAGCACGCAGGCUCAGCAGAGGCAGGAACUGUGGAGGUCCAGGCGCAUCUUCUUCCUCACUCCCCAGGUGUUGGUGAACGACCUGUCUCGAGCCACCUGCCCCGCGCUACACGUCAAGUGUGUGGUGAUUGACGAGGCUCACAAGGCCCUGGGGAAUCAUGCCUAUUGCCAGGUGGUGAGACAGUUGGGGAGCCAGACUCAACAGUUUCGCAUCCUGGCACUCAGCGCCACGCCAGGUGGAGACACAAAUUCAGUGCAGCAAGUCAUAUCCAACCUGCUGAUCUCCCACAUUGAGCUGCGGUCUGAAGAGAGCCCUGACAUCCAGGCCCACUCCCACCAGCGCAGCCUGGAGAAGGUGGUGGUUCCCUUGGGGGAGUCGCUGGCCGGGCACCAGGCCCUCUACCUACAGGUACUGGAACGGUUCACGGGCCGUCUGAUCCAGAACAGGGCGAUGUCUCACCGCGACUUGCGCUCCCUCACCAAGUACCAGCUCAUCCUGGCCCGGGAACAGUUCCGCAAGAACCCUCCGCCCCACGUCACGGGGGCUCAGCAAGGGGCUCUGGAGGGGGACUUUGCCCUGUGUAUCAGCCUGUACCAUGGCUACGAGCUGCUGCUCCAAAUGGGCCUGCGUUCCCUCUUCUUCUAUGUCCAGGGCAUCAUGGAUGGCACCAAAGAGAAGUCUCGAGCCAGGAACGAGCUACAGCGCAACGCCACCUUCAUGAACCUGUACCAGGAGAUGGCGGCCAUGUUUGGAAAGCCCACCGGCCCCGAGGAGCCCUUCAUCUACAGCCACCCCAAACUGCAGAAGCUUGAGGAGGUAGUGCUCGGGCACUUUAAAACAUGGGCUGAGAGCUCCAGCACUGGCUCUGGGCCCCAGGAAGUGAGCACACGUGUGAUGAUCUUUUCGUCGUUCCGGGAGAGUGUGCAGGAGAUUGCCGCCAUGUUAAAUCGCCACCUGCCCCUGGUCAAAGUCAUGACCUUUAUGGGCCAGGCCUCGGCAGGGAAGGGGGUCAAAGGGUUCACCCAGAAGGAGCAGCUGGAGGUGAUGCAGAGGUUUCGGGAGGGGGGCUUCAACACCCUGGUGUCCACCUGCGUGGGCGAGGAGGGGCUGGACAUCGGCGAGGUGGACCUCAUCGUGUGCUUCGACGCCCAGAAGAGUCCCAUCCGCCUGGUUCAGCGCAUGGGCCGCACCGGACGCAAACGCCAGGGCCGCAUAGUGGUCAUCUUGGCCGAGGGACGAGAGGAGAGAACCUACAACCAGAGCCAGAGCAACAAGCGCAGGGUGUACAAGUCUAUCGUGGGGAACAGCCACAGUUUCCACAUGUUCCCCCACAACCCCCGCAUGAUGCCUGACGGGGUGCAUCCCGCCCUGCACAAGAUGCACAUCACCUGUGGCCAGUUUGACCACCGGGAAAGCAGCGGGCGGCUCGUCGGGGGUUGGAGGGGGCGCAGGUCCCACUCCUUGGAGGGCCAACGUGAGUCCCUUAUUCUUCCACAUGAUCUAGUCGGGCACCAGGAGAGUGUGAAGAAGGAUGGCUUCCUUAGCCCCUCUGAGCUCACUCACUGGGAGUCUACGAUGAAACUGGGGGAGGGGGAGGCUCCACCCAUUCUAAGACGGUCCCGCUUCCUCUCAAAACAGGAAGGUUCGCCACCUCGGGUGGAGCUGCUCUCCAGCGGGCCAACCAGGGAGCUGUCUCUGUGGGAGUGGAGACACUGGCAGAACCAGCCCUUCCCCACUCACAUUGUGGACCACUCCAACCGCUGCCACCACUUCACCAAGGUCAUGGAGCUCAUUGACGGCCUGCGCCAGGAAGAGGGUGAAAGCAGAUAUGAGUUGGAGCUGCUGCACCACCUCCACAAAGAAGAUGUCAUAGGCCUCACGGAGGAAGCACAACAGGAAAAGUCCACCAAAGGAAAGAAGCAGAAAGAGGGAAAAAUGACAAAAUCCAGAACCAAAAUGGCCAACCUGAGCCACAAGCAGAAGACUUCCUGCCUUUCCUCAGCUGACCUAGACCGUUUAGAACUCAAAAAGGAAGUGCAGAGGGAAAGCAUUUCUAAAGCAGAGACAACCUUAGUCUCUCCAUGGACCCUGAUAAAAAACAGAGUCCCUUCAGAAUGUGACAAGGAGGUGACUCAUGACCUCAGAGAUCACCCAGGCCUCUGGCCACUCUCCUCCACGGGUGACCAGCCUGACAUGGAUUUUGACUGUAUCAUACUCAACAACGAGAGUGAAAGUUCAGAGGUCAAUUCUCCAAGGGAUUUGGAGAGCGAAUCAGUGAACUGCAUUGCUGCUGUAGAACAGAUUGACCUCAAUCAGUUGACCUCAAUUGCAGACCGUGAACCCAAGUCAGAUGAAGAUUCUGAACUGGAGGCUUUGUUUUACUUGCCCAAAUGGGAUGCUGCUGUCCCCAAGUUGCAGCCCCUGAGACAGAAGUUAGAGAGCUUGAGGGUCAUUCUAGUCAACGUGACAGAGCUUCUGUCUAGGUCUCCUCCAGCUUUGCACUUUGACCUGGACAGCCCUCAGUUUGACCCUGGGCCCACCCCCUUCACCACCAAGGACUGUUCACAUACACUUCCGGUUGAACCUCUGGAUGAACUCCUGGAUGUAGGUCAGACAUUCCACGUGAAUUUCUCCCUGGAAGUGGAUGAGGACUUUGCCGAACCUGCUUCUCAAUCUCCCAAUGUUGAUUUAGACGUUGGUUCUCUAGACUGUGAAAGCCAUUGCGACCCACCUCAUCAGCAGCACUCCGCUUCAUCGCCCAUUACUGUGCCAGCAGAAAGCAUGGGUAGGGAAAGUGCCCUUGGCAGCCCUAGCUGGGAUGAGGUCUUCGAGGAUGACAGCAAUGACAUAAAGGAGGAUGAUAUGGAUGAUAAAGCGGACUUCAAGCCACCAUGUCAUCCCACUCAGCCUAAAGCCCAGCACUCUAAAACAAACCUGGACGAGAGCAUGGAUCUGUUUGGAGAUGACGGCACCUUCCUCCAGAUGACCAUUCCGGACAUCCCUACGCCAGGGAACGUCAGUAUCCGAAUACCUAGCCCCUUGAAGGCUCCGGAGAGGGAAUGGUUAAUAGGGUCAAGUAAAAGUGUGACAGAAACAACGAUGGUGUAUCAGGUCAAACCUAGUCGUAGCCAUGCUUCUCCUGUAGCGCAGCAGGAACCGGCUCAGGACUUUGAGAACUUUGUCUGUUCUCAGGAUUUGUUCUCUGUCAACUUUGAUUUGGGCUGGGAGGAGGAUGAAGGGGACACAGAGGCUGCUCCUAGUCCAUUCCCCUCAAAACCUUCACCCCCUGGGUCCAAAAAACAGGAAGCACCCCUUUCUUCCACAGUGAAUGAGCCAAAACUCUCUGGCUCAUCCACUCCCCACUUUAGUUUCCAUAGGAUGUGCGUGUCCACACCCCUGGCAGCCUGUCUAGGAAGGAAGAGGGCAGACACCUCUGCUCUGGCUUCGCCUCAGACCUCUCCUCUGACCUCCAAGAGCGGAGCUCUGUUCUCACCAAUCCCCACAUUAGGACCGAGGCGAGUUCUCCUGCCUGGUCCUUCCACCACCCCAUCCACUUCGUUCUCAUUCUUAAAGAGGAAAUGCCAGGGGACCUUACAGAAUGCCCAAACUCUCAAAGCUCAGGCGGGGGACCCAGGAAAUGGUUCAAUAGAGAUGGGACACAGUUUGUCUCACACAUCCAUCUUGGACCCCCUUCAUCCAGGCCUGUGCACCAGUGACAGUGAGGAGGAGGUUAUCACCCGUAAGCGGGUUCAUCAUCAUGUCAAGGCAAACCCCUUGUCUUCUCCAGUGUCAAUGCUUCUCAGUGAUGUGGAUUCUCCUUUACAAGUGACCAGGAAGUCAAAGCAUGCGGUGGCACGCAUUUCAGAUGAGAGCGAGGGGGAGGGGGAGGCGAUGUCUGAUGAUGACUUCCAGAAUACCUCUGUUCGACAGCCAAGAGCGCCCCCCCGUGUGGCUGUGAAACCAUCCGCGUCGCAUGGGAAAGCUGAGCAGGCCGUGCGGCACCACUACCAAGGAGCCCGUCACUUUCUGGACGAGGAGGCGGCGCUGUCCGAGGGGGAGGAGGUGUCAUCUGACGAAGAGGACGGUGAAGAGCAGAACCGCUCACUGGAGGGCUUCGUUGUGAGCAACACCCAGUGCUCCCAGGGAAUCAACGAUUCUGAGAUGCAGGGGGUUUACCUAAAGUCAGUGAGAAGCCCUGCUGUGGCUGGCAAAUUCAAAAUGAUCUACAAGCAAAACCACAACAUGGACAUCUUCUCUCAGAUGCCUGAGCUGGACGAGACAUACGCGGAGGACAGCUUUGUGGUGAGGGGCAGUGAUGAGGAAGAGCUCGGCGAGGAGGAUGAGGAGGUCCCAUUGGAACUUAUCUACGAGGACUCCUUCGUGGAGGGGAGGAGGCAGUACCCCACCAGACGCAAGGCGCUGAUCCGAAACAUCAGGGCUCAGGCUGGGAGCGCGCCUGCCACUCUGGACAAGAGGGCUGCUGACCCUCAACCUAAUCCUGCUGGGAAAAACAAGCGCUCCCGCAUAGUGCAUUUGGUGGACUCCAGCUCGGAAGAAGAAGUGGAGAAAAGUAGAAAUAGUGUGAAAGCUGAAGGUGUUGCUGCCAUCUGCAGGCUAACUGAGUUACAGCAACAGAAUGACUGGGUGUUUAAAGCUCCACGGCAACAGAUGCCCCCUGGUGGAUCCACCAGAGCCUCCACAGCGAGCUGUGCGGUGGGGCCUAGAGUCCUCAGUGGAGCCAGGUCCUCCUCUAUGAACUCUGUGAUGGAGCCUAGCGCCCCAAGUGCAACCAGCAGGACCUCCUCAGUGAGCUCCGUGAGGGGACCUAGAGAGGAGCAGCAAGAAGACAGGUGUCGCCAGAGGCUCCAUCAGCAGGCCCUCCUGUCUGAGGAGCUGGACUUUGAGCAGUCGGAGUCUCUGUUGCUCUCAAGUAAACAGCCACAGGCUACCUCCUCCACGUCCUCAGUACCCCACGUCCAGAGCUCCUUCUGUCAGGCCGCCACUCUAAGCAAGCCCCCUGCCUCGUCAUCGAACCCAUCGGGCCUUGUCGCUGUACUGGUGGACAGCCGCUGUAUCACAGCCUGCGUGGAUGUGGUCUCCAGCCUGCGCCAGCGUUGCGCUGUCGCGGCCCACGUGUGCUCGCUGGAUGGCUGCGACUUCGUGGUCAGUAACCGCAUGGCGGUCGAGAGGCAGUGCCAGUCGGAGCUGGCCGGGAUGCCGAACCGCAAACGACUUGUGGAGAGGGUGACCAGUUUGCAGAGCCUAUUUGAGCGGGUCUGUCUCAUCGUAGAGAAGGACCGCACCAAACCAAGUCAAGCUUCCCGUCCUUUCCAACCUACACGCUACUACGACAGCACACUGGCCAGUUUGGUGAGGGCAGGCGUCCGACUCCUGGUGAGUAGGGGGCCUGAGGAGAGCGCCACCCUACUGGCUGAACUGGCCCGAGUGGAGCAGAGGAAGGGCCAGGCUAUUAGCGUGCCAUUAGAGGUCAAAGGUCACCGGCAGCAGGCGCUACUCUUCUACCGAACGCUGCCCUGUGUCAGCUAUGUCAAUGCCCUCAACAUGAGCCACAGCUUCAGAUCGGUGGGCCACCUGGUCAACAGCUCUAUCGAGGCUUUACAGAAGGGGGCGUGUGUGAGCCGCCCCAGAGCCGAGGAGAUCUACCGCUGCCUACGCUACUCCUGUGACACCACCCUGAUGACUACAAACACACCCGGGAAGAACAACCUUUAGCCAGCCAUCACUGCUUAAAUCUCCAUUGACACUGAUCUAAGGUCAGGGUGGCCCUUUUCCCUCCUAAUGGAUACUGGUUAGGAUUUUGGGAGAGUAUACCGAUCCUAGAUCUGUGCCUCAAGGACAAUUUACAAUCUUGCUCUUAAACAGGACCUCUAAUGGCAUCAUGGCCUUGAAUUGUGUUCAUUAGUCACCAAAUGGAAUAAAGAAUACUGAAUAAGGGAUGGUCUACCUGGACUUCACCUUCGUUCCCCAUUACAAAAUGAGUAUUUCUUGCACAUUUGAAAUAAGACUUGAUAACGGACACUAAGGUGAAUGUACGGUAUGAUGAAUGCAAGUUGUAAGUACUCGUUCCCUCCUAUGUAAAAUGUAUAAGUGCAUUUCUGUUUUGUUGAACAAAUAUUUUCAGUUAUUACAAUUUCUGUUCAAAUAAUGGAGUAAUAUCUUUGUGUUCAUAUUUUGUAAAGAGAUCAAAUAUAAGGUUUUGAUUGCAGGAAUAAAAAUUCACAAUUUUUCUGUAACAAAAUCAAAUUCACAAUGAAAUCAGAGGUAUUUGUUUAUUUGUUUACGGUCAUUUGAUUCGGUCAAAACACAUUGACAGAUAUUAUCGCCCAAGAAUACAAAAUGUCUGUCUAGUCUCUUCGCAUUGCUGAGUCUGGCAAGACUAGUCUGUCUGAACCACAAGGGUUCACCCUUUCAUUACAUAAAGAAGACAUAACGACAGAGUAGGACACGUCAUUGGUCUUUCUCACAUAAAAACAUUUGACACUCUGGGGCGAACAUGCACUAUGGAGUCAUAUACAGUACCUUCUGAAAGUAUUCACACCCCUGGACUUUUUCCACAUUUCGUGGGGUUACAGCCUGCAAUUUAAAUGGAUUACAUUUAAAUGCGUCACUGAUCUACAGACAAUACCCCCAUAAUGUCAGAGGGAUUCUAUUUUUUG